UAAAGAAAGCGAAUGAGUGUUUCAUAGAAAAAUAUUAUUUAAAAAAUGUAUUUAUUUUAAAUUGAAGUGUAAUUAAUAUAGGUUUAUUAUUACUCGCGCUGAUUAUAUUGCCAACGCGAAUGGUCAAAUGUCUCAGAAGCUUUUAAAAUGAUUAAAUCAAGUUAUUACAUAAAUAAAUUAAAAUAAAAUUAAAAUUAAUUGAAAUUAAUUGGGGAAAAAUAAUGAGCUGUGGUUUUAUAAAAAGUGCUUAAAAAUUCUUUCAAAACUAACAGAAAACGAAAGAGCGCAAAGCAUAAACAAAAAGAAAAUGCGAAUUCUAGACUUUAAUGAUACUCUUAACCAACAAUCGACAAAUUUUGAAACUUUUUUGCAACAAUUCGAAAAUUUCAUUUUUUUAAAAGGGACUUCGGGACUGUCAUGUGAUGACGAGCAAGAAGGUUCUCCGUUGCAGGAAUUUCCUGAAUUAUUUACGUUGGAACAAUUACGCCAAGGCUGGAUUGUUUUGCAUGUAUUUGCUGCGGUCUAUUUCUUCGUACUUUUGGCCAUCGUAUGUAAUGAUUUCUUUUUGCCAACCGUUGAGUGCAUUUGUGAGGAUUUGAAUUUAACGAAGGACGUCGCUGCAGCUACAUUUAUGGCAACAGCAACUUCGAUGCCUGAAUUCUUUACAAAUACUAUUAGUACCUUAAUAACAGGUUCUGAUAUGGGCCUAGGUACGAUAAUUGGUUCACUAAUGUUCAACACGUUAGGUGUAGCUAGUUUAGCGGCUUUUGCUAUAAAAAAGCCAAUACAAUUGGACUGGUGGCCUAUUGCACGCGAUAGUUUUAUUUACGGUUUCAAUACCUUGGUUUUAAUUAUAUUAGCAUGGGGCGGCAAAAUUACUUUCAUUGAGUCCAGUAUUAUGAUGGGCUUCUUGGUUUUAUAUUAUUUAAUCACUUUUAAUAACAAUAAAUUUAUGCCUGCCAUACGGGUAUUUGUCGAGGAUAAGUUGAACUGUUGCUUUUCAACACGCUAUGAUUUUACUGAACCGCCUGAGAAUAGUGCCAAAGCUAGGCUGCCGUUAAAGGCAGAACCUCUAACCGGUAAUGGUUUAUUUGUUAUUAAUUUGCCAGAAAGUACUAAUUCCAUGUCAUCUACGAUGAAUUUAACUCAUUCAAAAAGCUGGGACGGUGAUAGUGAAUCUCGUGAGCUGCCAGCUAAGUUGUUUUCUUUACCCUACCAAGGAUCCAAGCUAACGAAAUUCUGGUGGGCCUUUACGUUCCCCAUCAAAUUUCUUUUGAAUUUUACGAUACCAAAUCCUAAGAAAUAUCGUAAAUUGUAUCCGAUAUCUUUUCUAAUGUGUAUUGUGGCUAUUGGAUUAGAUGCAUAUUUGAUUGUUUGGAUGCUAACGGCUUUUGGUGUGACCAUACAAGUGCCGACUAUUAUAAUGGGUCUUACUUUUUUAGCAGCCGGUUCUACGAUGCCCGAAUUUGUCGCUAGUGUCAUUUCUUUAAGAACGGGUGAAAGUGGUAUUGGUGUAUCCAAUUCUUUGGGUGCAAAUUCGUUAGCUAUCUUACUUUCUUUGGGCGUACCAUGGUUCAUUAAGAACUGCAUCACCUACGCCAAAGAGGAUGAUACGAACGUGAUUAAUAUUGCUGCUCAAGGUAUUGAGUUUAAUAUUUUGAUUCUUAUUUUGUGUACCUUAUCGUUGUUCAUAGUUCUUAGUUUUAGCGGUUAUCGCCUGACCAAACGUGUAGGUUUAGUGCUAUUAGCAGUUUAUGUGAUUUUUAUAAUUUUACAAAUUUCUAUUGAAAUGAAUGUUUUUUUUCCCAAAAAGUGUUAACAAGAACACACUCUGCAAGAAAACGUAAACGAAACAUCAAUCAAUUAAGACUGUUUAGCUAACCGUUCGUACCUAAGAGGUAGUUUAGAGACCUAGAUGUAGAUUUGUUCUAAACAAAAAAACAAAAUUUUAAAAAUAAUAAAUAAUACAAGAACGACAGGUGUUAUUCUAUAGAUUCACACUUUAAUGAAAAGCUUGUCUUAAAACCUGAAAGUGGAUGCAAAAAUUGCAAGGAUAGCAAGUAUCCUUUGACAACAUAUGUGUCUUUAUUCUAUUUCAAAAUUUAUAGUAAAUGCAAAGCUACUACACCAAAAAUUAUCAUACAAAACCAAUUUUUAUUUCAUCACUAUAAGUAGUAUAAGUUUAAGAAUUUUUAAGAAAAGUACAUACUAGUUAACUUGUUUAAGCGCUCAAUAUACUCACUAUAUCUCGAUACAGUUAGAAUGUAGUCUGUACAUGUUUAUCUUCUUCUCUCACUCGCCCUCUCCCCCUCUCUCUCUGUACUUCUAUAUUUCGCCUAUUUCUAGCUUUGCCUAUUUUUCCCUU